CUUAUUAGUCUGUGGUAUUGAGUUAGAGUUAGGUAGGUACAAGUUAGGUAGGAGUCGCCAUUUUUAUUUGAUUUGCUGGCUUUUUCUGAAGUCAAUUUGUGCAUCUUCUUUGUUUCCUCACUAAACUUCUUUAAAACGAGUAAAGAAAUUGUUAUUUUUUUGCUGUAAAUAUACAAGAUUACCGACAGUGAUAUAAAAACAGAGUACUGUGGACGAAGCCAAAUAAUUUGGUUCAGGAUGUCGGCACAUGAGCAAAUGAGGGCGAUGCUGGAUCAAUUGAUGGGCACAGCUAGAAACGGUGAAACUGACAAACAUGGAGUAAAAUUUUAUGAUGAUGCUGUUUGUAAAUCUUUCCUUCUACAAUGUUGUCCCCAUGAAAUUCUAUCUUCUACGCGUAUGGACUUGGGUGAGUGUCCAAAAAUACAUGAUCUGGCUCUUCGGGCGGAUUUUGAGUUAGCCUCCAAAACCAAAGACUAUUUCUAUGAUAUUGAUGCGACUGAGCAUUUGGAGGCUUUUAUCGCCGACUGCGACCGUCGCACGUCGGCGGCGAAGCAGCGUUUGGCAGAAACACAGGAAGAACUGUCUGCAGAAGUGACAGAAAAAGCCAAUGCUGUACAUGAGUUGGCGGAACAGAUUGGGCAGAAGCUUGCCCGCGCCGAGGCCCUGGGAGAAGAGGGCAUGGUGGAGGAGAGCAUGAAGCUUAUGGGAGAGAUUGACGAACUUCGUAAGAAAAAAGCCGUGGCGGAACAAGAAUACCGUAACUCAAUGCCGGCAUCAUCGUAUCAACAGCAAAAAUUGCGCGUGUGUGAAGUAUGCUCGGCUUAUUUAGGCAUUCAUGACAAUGAUCGCCGAUUGGCUGAUCAUUUCGGAGGAAAGCUCCAUCUCGGAUUUAUUACUAUACGCGAGAAACUUGCCGAGUUGAAGAAAACUGUGGAUAAGAGGCGUGAAGAGCGCGGGGCAUCAGAAAGGGAACGUGGAGGGAGUGGACGUCGUCAUUACGUAGGCGGACGAGAGUUGGAUCGGCGCGCGCGACGGCAUCGCGAGUCUGCGAGGGACAGGGAUCGUGGUGAUCGUAAGGAUGGCGACCGUGAUCGCAAGGAAGAUCGUGACCGUAAGGAUGGUGAUCGCGAUCGCGACCGCGAACGUAAGGAUCGGGAACGCGGUGACAGAGACCGUGACCGCGAACGUGAACGCAAGCGCAGUCGAUCUCGUAGCAGGAGCCGGCGCGGGUCCCGCGAGCGUGACUCCCGCCGCAGCCGCUCGCACCGCUCCUCGUCACGUGAGCGCGAGCGUGAACGUCGCCGCGAGUAACCCCCCCACACCGCCAUCUAAGCUUUACCAUCAUCACACCAACACCUAAACCGACAUAUGGAGUACAUAGAUUAUUUAUUUGCCAAGAUAUAUCUCACGUUUUGAUGUAAUUUGUAGACUCGUGAACGAUUACUAUCCUUGCUAGCCAUGUGAAAGUGUUGAAAUGAAAUUUAUCACUUGGAUAUGUUUCAAUAUUCGAAUAGUAGUUGAUCGAGUUAUUGCUCUAUCGGCUGUAAGCAGGUAUAUUUGCUCAUCGACAUUAUUAGAUAGGAUGUAAGCUUGUUAUGCCGUUGAUUGUCGGCCGUGAGCAGCAAAUGUGUGAUAAAACGAAAUUUGUUGUAAGGAUCUCUCUUGUGAGUAGUAUGAAAUGUCAAACAUACUUGAAUGCAUGUUAGAAAUAAGAUAAACAUGUAAAGGAAAUAAGUAUGCAAUAAACAGGUGUGAAUUUCAAGUCAAAUGCGACGUGUUGCAUUGUAACUUGUAGUGUAGGUAGUCAUAACGGUUACAUUUUAAACAUUAGUGUGUAAUUUAGUAAUUAAUGAAUUAGCUUGUGAUGAGAUGAUUUUAAACAGUUGUUUUUUAGUUAUUAAUUUCUAUGGUGUUGAAAUAUAUAUUAUGUAUUGCUUUAUGUGUAAUGAAAGAGUCUGGGGACGUAUUUAAGAUUUUCUAAAUUAGGGGUCUGAGAGUUUAGUUUCUGGAGUUACCUUUUUACUUAAAAAAUUAUACCUCAAAAUGAUAUUUGAUUUAAAAUUCAGACUGCCUUUGUGCAGCAACCGCUAAGAUUGUUUGUCUGAUAAUUUUGUUGAUGAAUAAAAGCAUUCAUAAGGAAA